AUGACUUCGCUAGCUGAUGAGCUGAUGAACGACCUCGACGACCUCGGGUCCGGCUCUGAACUCGACGACGAGCUCGAUGCGGCGGUUGCUGGGCCCAGCGGGACCAACGGAGGGACAGACGAGGCGAUGGCGGGGGACGAGGGCGGCGCGGACGAGGACGGCGAGGCUGAGGGCGACGCAGGAAUGGAGGACGUCCCUGCUGGAGAGGUGCACGUCCCUGAAGGAGGCAUCAAGCCGGCGGAGGAACUCGACUCGGAUGCGGUGAACCAGAUGGACUUGACGGGGGUGACAGAGGUCGGCAAGGUCGCCAAGCUGCAGAACGGGCGCAACAUGCGUGAAGUACUGCAGAAGAUCGACUACUACCGCGAACACCCCGACCCGAACCUUGCUAGCGACCCAGAGAGCAACGAGUACCAGCUCAUCGUGCAGGCCAACAACUUGAGCGUCGAGAUUGACAACGAGAUGCUGGUCGUUCACAAGUUCAUUCGCGACCACUAUCUCCCUCGCUUCCCUGAACUCGACUCUCUCGUCUCCGCCCCUUUGCCGUACUGCCGCGUCAUCCUCGCCCUCGGAAACGGACCGGAACUUCAGGGCGACAUUUCCGGCAUCCUCCCGUCGGGAUCCGUCAUGGCUGUGAAAGUCACGGCGGCGACGACGAAGGGUCAGCAGCUGGCGGACAAGGAGUGGAAUGUCGUCAAGGGCGCGUGCGACAUGAUGUUCAAGCUCGACGAGUCGAAGCGAAAGAUCCUCGAAUACGUCGAGUCGCGCAUCACCCUUCUGGCACCGAACAUCUCUGCGAUCGUCGGCACCCAGACGGCGACCAAGAUUCUCGGUAUCGCUGGCGGUCUUCACGGUCUCUGCCGCAUCCCCCAUUCCAACAUCUACCUCCUCGGCGCCGUCAAACGUGCCAACACAGGUUUCUCGACCGCCUCGCACUCGAUCGACCGCCUUCACACCGGCUUCAUCUACCAAUGUCCUCUCGUUCAGCAUACACGCGCUGAGGACCGCAUGAAGGCACAGCGCAAGGUCGGUGCCAAGGUCGCGCUCGCAGCCCGUGUCGACAUCGCGAAGAGCUCGCCUACCGGAGCGUUCGGCGAGGAGAUGAAGGGCAAGCUGGAGGCGGAGAUGGAGAGGCUGGCACGGCCGCCUCCGAAGAAGGCGACGAAGGCGCUGCCAAGGCCGGACGAGAAGAAGAAGGCGCGACGUGGUGGAAAGCGGGCUCGCAAGGCGAAGGAGGCGUACGCGAUGACGGAGCUGCGGAAACAACAGAACCGCAUCAAGUUUGGCGAAGCGGAGGAGGAGGUUGGCGCCUACGACGAUGUUGCGGGCAUGGGCAUGAUCGGGUCGUCGAGCGGCAAGGUGCGGGCGAAUGUCGCAGAGGCACGAAGCAAAGCGAAACUGUCGAAGCAGCUCAAGGGUCGACUCGGGUCGAUCAAGACGACGCCCGGUACUGCGACUUCCGGUCUCGCUACCUCUCUCGCCUUUACGCCUGUCCAAGGUCUCGAGCUGGUCGACCCGUCGAAGAUGCGCAGCAAGGUCGACGAGGCGAAUGCGAAGUGGUUUGCGGACGGAGCGUUCACUCACGUCCAGAAAGGCGGAGGCAUCGGCAAGAACGGAAUCGGGUCGUCGAAGUGA